AUGGCCUUCCAGAACGCUGCUGGCGUGGAACCUUCUCUGCCGCAUGGACUACAGACGAAUUUCGAUCACCAAGGUGCUGCUGCCAGUGCCGGCGCCAGUGCGAGUGGCCCUGGUGUUGGUGGUGGCGCCGACAACGGUGCGCGUGAAGAAGGCCACGAUAAGUUUGGUGAUGAUGGCAGCGACGCCUUUGAUAGCGAUAGCGAAGAUGAGGAAGUUGAGCCAAAGGACCUCCGCGACGAAGAGGAGGUUGAGGAUUACAAAAAGGGCGGUUACCAUCCUGCCUACAAAGGUGAGACAUACAAAGACGGCAAGUAUACCCUCGUGAGAAAAUUGGGCUGGGGCCAUUUCAGUACCGUCUGGCUUGCACGGGACAACGAGAUGAGUCGGCACGUUGCGAUGAAGAUUGUUCGAUCUGCAAAGGAAUACACCGUUGCUGCUCUGGACGAGGUGAAGCUGCUACAAAAAGUUGCUGAUACUCCUCCUCAACACGAAGGUAAAGAACACGUUAUUGCAUUUUUGGAUAGUUUUAUCCACAGCGGACCCAACGGUGAUCACGUCAUUAUGGUUUUCGAAGUUUUAGGCGAGAGCCUGUUGAGCUUGAUCAAGAGGUAUAAACAUAGAGGCAUUCCUGUUAUUUACGUGAAGCAGAUUGCCAAACAGAUGUUGCUGGCAUUGGAUUUCCUCCAUAGAGAGUGUGGUAUUAUCCAUACGGAUUUGAAACCUGAGAAUGCCCUCAUUGAGAUUGGAGACGUUGAACAGAUUGUUGCAAUGGUUGAAGCAACGGAGAGGGCGCAGAAGAACCAAAGGAAACUGGAGAGAAGGAUGUCAAGGACGAACUCCACAGCAGCAAUCCCCGCCAGUGGGAUGGCAUAUGCAUCGUCUAUAAGCUCCACCCCAUCGCGCAAUGGGAGACGUUCAAGAAGACAAACAAUCAUCAUCGGCUCACAGCCGUUACCUUCUCCAAUAAGAUCAGGACACUAUUUCCAAGAUAGGGACCAAGCAAUGGCCAACGGAUCUGCAGUGACGAAUAGCUAUAUCGGCUCGAGCCUUGCCAAUAACUCUGUGAAGAAUGAGCUGAAAACACCUGUGGAUAUCGUUGGAAAUUCCCUGUCCUCCAUGUCGAUUUCUCCUGAUAAUUCUGGUUCUCAUUAUAGCGAUGCCAAAUCGACAGUGGAGCCUGAUACAGAGCAUCAGAUCUCUGUCAAGAUUGUCGAUUUGGGUAAUUCGUGUUGGUACGAUGAACAUUUCACAGAUGACAUCCAAACUAGGGAAUACCGUUCUCCAGAGGUUUUAAUCGGCGCACCAUGGGGUUGCUCUGCAGAUAUUUGGUCAUUUGCAUGUACCAUUUUCGAGCUCCUCACUGGUGAUUACCUUUUCCAGCCUGUCAAGGGACAUAGUUACUCCAAAGAUGACGACCAUAUAGCACAGAUCAUUGAACUUUUAGGCAAAUUCCCAUCGCAGCUCUUGAAAGAUGGUAAAUAUUCCAGAGAGUUCUUCAACUCUCGCGGUGAAUUACGUAACAUCACAAAGCUCAAGCCAUGGGGAUUGAAGGCGGUGCUGAUGGACAAGUACAAAUAUUCAGAGACCGAUGCACAUGAGAUUUCAGACUUCCUUUUACCUAUGCUCUCUAUCAACCCAGAGAAGAGAGCAGACGCUGGUGGGAUGCUCAACCAUCCGUGGUUAUCGGAUGCAAUUGGAUUGGAAAACGUUGUUGUUGAAAGACCACUAUGUGGCCAAGGAACAGACAUUCCAGGAUGGAGCCGUGAGAUCAAAGGUCAUCCAAAGCAUUGA